AUGACUGGUUUAAAAAUAAAGCAUGUGAAACACAAAGAUUUGCAGAUCGGCACAAGAGCAAAAGAACUUCACAGUCAGACAGCAGAGCAAAAUAACUUCAUAGUCAUAGCAAAAGAACUUCACAGUCAGAGCAAAAGAACUUCACUGUCAGAGCAAAAGGAACUUCACCAGGCGAAACAAAAAACUUCUGAGCAGGUAAAAAAGAAACUUCACAGUCAGAGCAAAAAGAACUUCUGGUGGAGCAAAAGAACUUCACAGUCAGAGCAAAAGAAACUUCACAGGCAGAGCAAAAAAAGAACUUCACAGAGCAGAAACAAAGAACUUCUGAGCAGAGCAAAAAAAAAGAAGAACUUGCUACAGGCAAGGGCAAAAAGAACUGCAGUCAGACAGCAGAGCAAAAAAAACUUCACAGUCAGACAGCAGAGCAAAAAUAACUUCACCGGUCGGGGAAAAAUAACUUCACAGUCAGAGACAAAAGAACUUCACAGGCAGAGCAAAAAGAACUUCCACAGUCAGACAGCAGAGCAAAAUAACUUGAUAGUCAUAGCAAAAGAACUCACAGUCAGACAGCAGAAAGCAAAAUCAGAGCAAAAAGUACUUCUGAUCAGAGCAAAAGAACUUCACAGUGGAGCAAAAGAACUUCAUAAGCCCAGAGCAAAAAAAGAACUUCUGAUCCAGAGCAAAAAGAAAACCACUUCUGAUCAGAGACAAGAACUUCACAGUCAGAGCAAAAGAACUUCCACAGUCAGACAGCAGAGAGCAAGUACUUCUGGGCAGAGCAAAAGAACUUCACAGUCAGAGCAAAAGAACUUCACAGUCAGACAGCAGAGCAAAAGUUCUUCACAAGACCUUAGUUUCAAAAAAGGAGAUAUGAUAAUCCUUCGUAAGAAGAUUGACUCCAACUGGUACCAAGGUGAACUUAACAACCAGAUAGGCUUCUUCCCUGCAUCUUAUGUUCAG